AUGUUAGUAACUGACACUAAAUAUUUCCGCGAGUUACGACAGGUUUUGCAAUUUACCUGUGGUCUACUGGCAGUGAGUUCGGAAGAAAGUCUAGUUGCUCUUAUCAAAGGCGUAGCAAAUGAAGUCAGCAAAAAAGAUACGGAAGAAAGUCUACUUGUCGCACUGGAAUGCAUUAAAGAAUGUAAAAAGGAAGACGGUGAUUUCCUCACCGAUAUCGCUCAAUCCUUCGGCUCAAGUCUUAAGGUUCACAAAGUUGAUCUCAGUGAUAAGCGGAUGGAUGAAGCUGCUGCAGUUGUUCUUGGUUCGGCUCUAGAAACAAACAGAACUCUGACAGAGUUAAAUAUGUCUGGCAUUAACCUCGGUCCGGCCGGAGCUGAGUCUCUUGCUGCCGCGCUUAAGAGAAACACAACUCUGACAAAGCUGAAUUUGUCUGGCAACAACCUUUGCCAUGCUGGGGCUGAUUCACUCUUUGCAUCGCUUAAAACAAACACAACUUUGGCAGAGUUUAAUUUGUCGGGCAACAACCUUGGCUCAACUGGCGUUAAGUCAAUUGCUGUAGCGCUUGAAACAAACAAAACUCUGACAGAAAUGAAUUUGUCUACCAACCAACUUGGCCCUACCAGUGCUGAGUCUCUUGCUGUGGCGCUCAAAACAAACACAACUCUAUCGGUUUUACAUUUGUCUGGCAAUAACCUUGGGCCUGCCGGUGCUGAGUCACUUGCUGUAGCGCUAAAAGCAAACUCAACUGUUGCAAAAUUGAAUUUGUCUUACAAUAACAUUGGCCCUGUUGGUGCUAAGUCACUCGCUGCUGCGCUUGAAACAAACGCAACUUUAACUGAUCUGAGUUUGUUAAACAAUGCCCUUGGUUCUGCUGGUGCUGAGUCACUUGCUACAGCGCUUAAAACAAACGUAACUCUGACAGAUUUAAAUUUGUAUUACAACAAACUUGGGCCUGGUGGUGCUAAGUCCCUUGCUGCAGCGCUUGAAACAAACAAAACUCUGGCAAAGUUGGAUUUGUCUCGCAAUUACCUUGGCCCUGCUGAUGCUGAGUCACUCGCUGCCACACUUAAAACGAACACAACUCUAACAGACCUGAAUUUGUUAAACAAUGAUCUUGGUCCUGCUGGUGCUGAGUCACUUGCUACAGCGCUUAAAACAAACACAACUCUAAAAAAGUUGAAUUUGCGUGGAAAUGAUCUUGGUCCUGGGGAUGCUGAACCACUUGCCGCAGCGCUUAAAACAAACACAAGUCUGACAAACUUGGAUUUGUCGCGUAAUUAUCUCGGUCCCGCUGAUGCUGAGACACUCGCUGCGGCACUUAAAAAGAACAUAACUCUGACAGAUUUGAAUUUGUUUAACAAUGACAUUGGUCUUCCUGGUGCUGAGUCAUUUGCCACAGUGCUUAAAACAAACACAACUCUGACAGCGUUGAAUUUGUCUGGAAAUAACAUCAGUGAAUCGGUGCGCUCGAACCUUAAAGCAGCACAUGGCGACCGUAUUCUAUUCACGUACUUUUAA